AAAACUAAAACAACUAGGGGUAAAUUACAGCAUAACACAAAACAGUGCACAAUAUCAAGGUACCUCUAUUAAAGGUAACAAAAGAAAUAGUACUAGGAGCAAUAUGUAACUUCCACUGAAAGGUCAAUAACAUUCACAGAUCCCUUUACUCUGCCUCCAGAGAGUAUCCACAAAGCAGUAUCCCUGCUCAGGGGAGAAACUCCACACAUUUCCAGGGAAAUGUGUAGAAGAUUUCUGCUUUGUGGAAGUUUGGUGUGGCUUUUAUAGUUGUAAAGUGAAGUGUCUGUCAGUCAGAAAUCCAGCUUAUCAUUCCAGAUCUCACUUUGGACAGUGAGAGAUUUAUUGGCAGUUGGGAGAUGACAGACCCAUGGCCCCAAAAUGACCAACUACGAGACUGCUUAUCCUGUUUGAGCUGUCUGACCAGUCAACAAAUGACAAAUAAGUUCUUGUGAGGGGUGAGAUGCCCUGCUACAAAGAGACUGUGGAGGCUGGGCCUUUUUAGUCUGGAGAAGAGACAACUGAGAGAGGCUCUCUUUAAUGCAGAUAAAUAUCUUAAAGGAGGAGGAACCAGAGGAGGAACCAGACUCUUUUCAGUGGUGCCCAGUGACAGGACAAGAGCAACGGCCAUAAAGUAAAAUACGAGAAGUUUUAUUUCACCAUGAAGAAGAGCUUCCCAUUUAGGAUGACAGAGCACUGGAACAGCUGCCCAGGGAGGUUGUGGAGUCUUCCCUUCUGGAGAAAUUCCAAAGCCACCUGGAAUGUGGGUUGCUGUGUCACCUGCUCUGGGUGACCCCUUGGCAGGGGGGCAGGAUUAGAUGAUCUCCAGAGAUCCCUUCCAACCCUAACAAUUCUGUGAUUGUGUGAUUUUUUAAAUUAAAGGCAUUCAUUCUUCUGUACCAAGGCAAACCUGCCAAACCCCAAAGUGCUGGGCACAGAGCAGAGUAGUGUGGGCAGCACCCAUCACCAGCAGCCCUUGUAUACCCAUGUGCCAAGAGUGAGGGAAAAGCAGCCCAGAUCAAAAGUCCACACACAGCUUAGGCUUAGGAAAACAAGAUUUAAAAACUCAAAAAAUGCCAGUGUAAAUGACAAGGAAACAUACUUUGAGAUUUAAGACAUACUGUUUUCAUAUUUGACAGUCAAAUCAGCAAACACAUCAUGCCUAUGACAGAAGAAUUGUCUAUAAGUAAGAACUGCCCUGGCCUGUGCUGGUUUCUGAACAAGCCUGUUCUCUGCUCACGCCCAAAGCCCAAUAUUAUCCAAAGCUCUGCACUGAACUCGGCACCGUUUCUCUUGGCUGCCUUUGCUAAUUUCCACCAAGAUCUAAUCUCACACAAUCAUGAUGCUCCUACCUCUUGAGGACUGCACCUCAGCAGUGUUACUGGGAUCCAGGCCAUGGAAAGGCAAUCCCAAUCCAACAGAAGUUGCUGCUAGCUGUAAGUUGUAUGCUGCACUAGGUACUUUUGCAACCUAUUAGAAUGGAUACCAAUAGAGAUUCAUCUUAUCUGUGCCCGAGUGUUUCACCAUUUAGGGCACUGGCUCCAAAGCAGAGAGAUGCUCUACAGAAAACACUUGUACUAUGCCUAAGAGCUAAUGGUGUCCCACCAUUCUCCCUCUCUCAGCCUCCUUUUCUUCCCAUUGCUGUGGUAAGGGAACUCAGCAGUGCUGGGCAAGGCUGGCUCUCUCCUAGCUCAGUGGAUGUGGUUUCUGCCUUGCUUUUGAUGGACCUUGGCUUCCCUGCACCUCAGCAGCCUGAUCAACUUGCUUCUGGUCUCCCCAGGGAGACUGAGUGCCUGCCCCACCAGGAAGAGCAGAAAAUUGCCAUGGUGGCCGGAGUGGGGCAGUCGUGUUAUCCCCAGUAUCUCUGCUGCCCAUAUUAUAGGUGACAUCAGCCCUUCUCAUUUUCCCAUGGUCAUCUGUGCCUGUCUGAUCACAGCAGUCUCUGUGCAUAUUCUCACAUUCACCAUCCCAAGAGCUCAGGUGAAAAAUCAGUUUCCCGAGCUGUUCUGACCACUCAGCCAGACCUUUAGCUUUAUUUUUCAGCUUCUUUCUGCUUGGCUUCUUCCACCACCUCUACAUAAGCUAAGGCAGGUGGAAGCUGCAACUUUAUCUAAUACAUAGGAGGGGUUAUACCUGUGCUUGCUUUUAGUAUUCAUUCCUCAUUCAUUCACUGUGUGAUGCAGUUAGCAGGCAACACCUUAAUGUUCAGAUUCUCUUGGGACUUAUUCUUUUAACACUGAAAAUAAUGUCACCAGUUUACCAAAAGAGGGCUAGAAAGGAACAUUUUCUUAAACAAAUGCAGCUGAACAUUUUAGAAGAAACCAUCCUACCAAGACUGCAAGAAUCACAAACAAACAUUAUUAAUUGCCCCAAGAUGGCCAUGUGAUGCAAAAUGAGAUGGUGGGCUCAGUGUCUCACAAUACUCAUGUCCAGAUAAAAGCCAAUACCCAGCAGUAUUGACAAAGGGGACUCACUGGCCAUGAAAAACAAGACAACUGCCCAUGCCUUGGCAUCUAACCAUUACAAUACAUGAACUAACCUACAAUACAUAAACUAACCUGCCUUUUGGGAUCUCUUCAGGUAAUGCACAUUUCUGAAAAGAAAACGGUCUCUUUCCUGAAAAAGAAGGAAUCUGUCUUAUAAUCCUUUUACUCUUUGCACUCCUUUAGUCUACUUUUACUCCUACACACUACUCCAAAAUAGUAAGGAAAAAAAAAAACUGGAAAGAGGAAAUGAAAAAUUUCCAAGCAAAAACAUGACACCAGUCAGGGUCCCAGACAGCCUUUUUUGUUCCUUUUUUUCCCCAUUCCACAAACAUCUUGUGCUUGGUUAUGAUUUGAACAGGAUUACUCAGGCAGCAAGGAGUCUUUUACACACACGUGGAAAUGUGCCCACGUCCGUUUAGUCCAGGAUAUGCAUAUUAAUCGCUUUCAUUACAGCUCCCAAAAGCAGAUCUCAGGUGGAGGAAAAGUCUGUCUGUGGGUAAAGCCGUAUCAGCUUGACCACCAAGAGCUUCUCUAGGUGUUCUUGCCUUUGUGUCUGAUGCUCAGGAAGGACCCUUGGUGCCGGCGAGUGGCUGUAGCAGCGGAAUACCCUGGCAGCCCCGCUGGGCAGGCAGGAGGAGGAGGGCGGGAGGAAGUCAGGAGAAGGUCAGGCGGGAGGAAGAAGGGGGCAGGAGGGGGGAAGCAAGGGAGAAGGAGGGAAAGCAGGAGAAAAGGCAGAAAUGGGACAGGAGGAUGGCGGGCAGUGAGAAGGAAGCAAGAGAGGAGGAGGGCAGGCUGGAAGGCAGGAGGAAGGCAGGUAGGGUAGGUAAGCAGGAAUUCCAGGAGGAGGAGGAGGAGGGCAGGCAGACAGGAGGAGGGCAGCAGGCGUCCCGGGCCCGCCUCCCACGGCCCCUCCUCCCGGACGUGCCGGGACAGCCGCGGUUCCCCCGAGCCGCCGUCCCGAUCCCUGCCGGGCUCUGCCGCUGCCUUCCCGACCCCUCGCUGCGGGCAGGGGUAGCCCGGAGGUGCCCCGGGAACGCGUGCCCGCCCCGGGAGCAGCGGCUGCCGCUGGCCGCGAAUCCCGGCCGUGCCGGAGGAGCCCCGCGGGGACCGGCCCGGGUCACCAUGUCCCGCGGGGGCAGCCGCUGGCCGGUUCGCCUGCUGGUGCUCACCUGCCUGACGGCCGGGCCGGCGCUGAGCCAGGAGUGCUCCGCGGAGAAGAUGGAGAAUUCCAUCAUCGAUAUAGACUUGUCCCUGCCCCGCGGCGUCCGGGGCGCGGAGCCGCUGCGCGUCCCCAGCGCGGGUGCGUGUGUCCGCGCCUGCUGCUCGGGGCCCCGGCUCGCAGGAGACAAGAAGUGUAAUUUGGUUAUUUUUUAUGCUGCAAGAACAAGUACACAUCCAAACUGCUAUUUGUUUUACUGUCCUAGCACUGAGGCUUGCCCAAUGAAACCUGCAACAGGACUUGUGAGCUACAAGAUAACUACAGACAUUCAUGCCCUAGAGGAUAAAUCCAUCAAAACUGAGAACUUUUCUUCAAAUGAGUAUUCUUUGCCUUCGGAUGCUGGAACCUUUCUUUCUCACAGUCAGGACAUCCAUCAGAAUCACACUGCCAGUUUGGAGCAGUCUGUCUUUCAUCAGGCCUCUGAACUCCUGAACCACAUAGGCAAGCAUUUGGACAACAUGGAACUUCAUACAGUUUCUCCUGAAUCUCAAAGAGCAAAAGAAUCUGAGAGCUUAGACCCCAUCUCAAGGCAGCAGGUAAUUAAUGGGCCACCAAGCAAGCCUUCUGCUGCUCCAGUUGGAGACCCCACUGCUUCCUUCCCCACCACUGCUCGGGCAGGUGCCCCUGAGACCAGCAGAGCUUCUCUUGCUCCUCUGCCGACAGGCACUGCCCAGCUGGAGUCUCUUAGAACCUCUCUGCAUCCUGUUGCUGCCAAGCCAACCACAGCUGCCUCUCCACCUGCUGCAGCCCCUGCAGCUAAAACUGCUGUCCCUGCCACCAGCAUCGCUGUUACUCAGGUUCCUCUUCCCAAGCCCACAAAUUCUGCUUCUCCUUCCACAACCGUGCCAGUCACCAUGACUUCUGGAUCUGCUGCUACCCUAUCAGGGCUAACGACUCCAGCCAUGGCUCCUCAGCCAACAGUUGUCUCUUCCAGUGAUACCAGCCAUGUGACCCUCCUCUCUUUGCCAGGUUUCAUUCUGUCCAGCGAUUCCCCCGCAUCUUCUCAAAAUGACCUUCGGGGUUAUGACCCAACUGACUCAGAAGGCUCCCUGUUAGAAGGUGUUCUGAGAGGGAAAGGUGUCUUUCAGCUGGGGGAAAAAAGCAGCCUUGUAGCAGCUUUGUUUUUUGGGGUGAUAUUCUUGUUGCUAGUUAUUGUGCUGACAGGGAAGAAAAUCCAUGAAUCUCUUCAGAAGAGGCAUUACACCAGGCUGGAUUAUUUGAUCAAUGGAAUGUAUGCUGAUGUCUGACUAAAUAAAUAGGAGAGGGAAUAAAUUUUGAGGAUCAUCUCUGACUUUUGAGAGGAGAACUCUGAAGUGGAACAGUAGAUAUUGAAAUCCCAGAAGAGGAUGGAUUCCUGGGAUCUAGUGGGAAAGCAAGAGACAGGAGAUGGGUUGGGUGGUGAGGAGGAAUGCUCUGUCUGUGCUGAACUAUAAUGUCUGUCAUUUUUGAUUUAUUCCUAAAUCCUGAGAGUAAACAUCUAAAUCCAAGUUAAGCUAAGAAGGUCUUAUAUUUAAGGAGAAAAAGCAUUUCAUGAGCUUAAUCUGUACUGUGACAAGAUUAAUGAAAUUGAAGUACACCUAAUAAAUUGAGUACCUGUGCAGCAUGGGUAUUUUCAGCGCUGUUUGCACCAAAUGCUGGAGUGUUACACAAUUGCCUGGCAAUCCUAUUUACCCUAUUUGUAGCUUUAAAGGAAUACUUAGUAAUAGAGCUUUGCAUCCAAAUGGUUUUAGGUACAAACAGGAAAAAAAUACAUUACACAUGGCAUGAUUUAAUUUUCCUUAUCUAAAUAUAGUUUAUGGUUAUAUACAUAUCUUUAAAGUUCUUCUUCUGCAUACAUCACAGCUAUCCUUAAAACUACAUAAUGCAAAUGUGAGUGCUCUCAAAGCACACCCUCUUCACUUCUAGCAUCCCCUUCAUGUGACUGGUAAUAAGCAUGGCUGCUUAGUAAUAAUUAUCUUGAUAUUUGAGUUUUUUUCCAACCUAAACAACUCCAUGAUUUUAUGUUUUCGUGACUCUUCAAUGGGGAGAGUAAGUGGGAGCAUCUACAGCCACACAACUUCCAGUUCAUGUUAUUUAAAUUUCCCUUUACGUGCAGUCAGUCUAAACCUGGUUUUGGAAUGAAAGGCUGGGUUUCAAAGUGUUCAUGUCAGGUGGCAUGAUCAACAACAAAUGUCACAGCAGAGGAGUAAGGGUGCCUCACGAAUGCAAGGAAACAAUUCUAUUACAAAAUAUGAAAUUUGACUCACAUCCAAGUGAUUCUUAGAUCUGUCGUGCUUACUGGGGUGGGAAGCAGGUGUGAUCCAAAAAAUGGCCUCAAGGCAAGUUUUCUGAAAGCUCUAAAUAACUAAAUGCAGAAAAUUCUCUGAGAAUUCUGUUAUUCAGAGAUCAAAGAAAAGUCAGUGUUCCUUGUGUCAAGAACUUGAAUUCUCACUAUAUGGAGGCUGCAAAUUGCUUUAUAUAUAUAUAAAAACAGCUGGUCUGCUUCAUUGUUUAAGUCUGACAAUGGUUAAAAGAAAAGUAGUCUGGAUAGCCUCUUAAAAGUGAACAAAAUUACAGAAGAAAUGUACCUCAAAUUUAUCAGCUUGGUUUUUUACUGUGCUUUGUUUAACUUCAUUUUCUUUUCUUUUUUAUUUUAAUAGCUAUUUUCAGAGGUUUCUAGUCAAGGAACAUAACAAGGAGGAACAUUUCUGGGAAAUGAGUUCACAGAAUGAUGAGUACUAGUCCUAGCUGUAAAAAAGCAGAUGCAGAUCUGAGGUUCACCAUCAUUUUCUCUCAUAAGAACUGCAACCUUCAUGAGAAGCUUUCUGUGUUGCUGGUGUCAUCACAGCAGGAGAGGUGCUGAGGACAACCCCUGAAUGCUCACUGUGCAUUUCUGUUGCCAUAAAUAAUUUGUUGGAGGGAAAGGUGGUUGGUAUUAACUGAUGUGGUUACAAUACAGUAGCAAAAUAUUCAAGAGAAACCAGCAGAUGUAUCUCAGGGUUGUUCAGAGCACAGGUCAUGUAUUCAUCUGGAGGAGGGGCAUUUUACAAGAACAUGCAGUGAUAGGACAAGGGGGAAUAGCUUUAAACUAAAAGAGAGGUUUAGAUUAGAUACUGAGAAGAAAUUGUUCCCUGUGAGGAUGGUGAGGCCCUGGCACAGGAUGCCCAGAGAAGCUGUGGCUGCCCCAUCCCUGGAAGUGUCCAAGGCCGGGUUGGACAGGGCUUGGAGCAAUCUGGGGUAGUGGAAGGCAUCCCUGCCCAUGGCCAAGGGUUUGAAUGAGCUGAUCCUUACGAUCCCUUCCAAGCCAAAGCACUGUCAGGGUACUCAGUGUGGCCCAUGUCAUUGGGAGCUGCCUUCCAGCCCAAGCAGCAGUGCACACCCAGCACAGUGAAUGGCAGAGGUAAAGCUGAGAGGUGCUCAAGCAUCACGCCUGAUUUGGUGAGGAUGCUGACCUCAGUGGUCUUUCAAAACAUGAGUAAAACAGCUUUAGAAGCUGUUACAUGAAAGAUCUUCUUUUAUGCUCCAGUAAAGAAAACAAGGUAUUAGGCAGGUGUACUGAAACACUUAUUAAAAAUUAUUUUUCCCAUCCAUUUGUCACGUUGGAUUAAGAACUAAUGGAAUUAAUUGAUAGCUGACCAGUCUGGAUCUUUCUGGAGGGGCCUUUACAAGCUGCGUUUGAACACUAGAGGGCAACAACAGUUUAUGAAAUAGAAUUGACAAGUUAUGAGGAUUUUUGAUAAUUUUAAAAAGUUUUAGUUAGAUUGUUUUUUUAACUUCCCAAACUGGCUAUUUCAUUGCAGAAAGGUUUUAAAGGAAAGGUUUUUGUUUAUUGAAAGGGUUUGGGUGAAGGAUUAUAUACAUACAUUUUUAAAACUUUUUACUGCAUCAUAUAAUAUAGAAGACAACAAAACUAAGCAUAUUCUCUAUUUAAUAACAUCAAAUCAGGUUGCAUUAUUAAUCACGUAUUGGCAUUUCAAAUUAACAGAGAAAGAGAGAGAUUUCCCAUCAUCAUUCUUUUGACUAUGAUGCUUUAUUAUAUGGAUUUUUGGAACUUAUUUAUUUGCCUGGAUAGUGCUCUUGUAUUAUGAAUCAAAAAGGAGUGAGACAAAGUAACUAAAAAAGUCCAUCCAGUUUGUUAUGCUUUCCAACAUUAAAACUUCUGUGCACUCUUCUGUUUUUCCACUGACGUCUCCUGUGGUCUUCACUGUGCACCACACAUGGAACUGGAUCAUUAAUCACCACGCUGUGAUGACAAGUCUCACAUUGGGGUGGCUCUUUCUGGACGUAACCAGUUCAGUGAUGGCAGCAGGCCAGAAGCUGAUUGACGUUUGUCACCUGGAGAGCGUCAUAAAUUCUGUGGCCGCUUGUUUUCAUGUUGUUGCUUUACAGUGCUGAGCAAACACAAGGUGUAUAAAUAUAGACUGUCCUGAACAAAACUGUCUUGUGGUAUCGUACGGUAAAGCAAAUAGCCCAAAUUUUGUAACCACUGCCAACAAUGGCAAAGAAACAAAUUGUAGUUCUAUUUGAGAUGGAUGAGAAGGGUGCAAAGUCCCUGCCUCCAAGGGCAGCAAACUCAGCAUGGUGUGCUCUCUGCAAAUAGUGCUUCAGUUCAUUUUAAAUCCUGUAGGAGCAGGAAAUGCUUACACUUGUGGUAUUUGUGAGGUCCCCAGGAAGAUGGAAGGAGAAUCUGACUCCAUGUUCUUAGAAGGCUAAUUUAUUAUUCUAUUCUAUUCUAUUCUAUUCUAUUCUAUUCUAUUCUAUUCUAUUCUAUUCUAUUAUGAUGCUAUACUAAACUCUACUAAAGAAUAGAGAAAGGAUACUUACAGAAGGCUUAACAAGAAUUAUAUUGAAAACCUGUGACUCCUUCCAGAGUCCUGACACAGCUGGAUGGUGAUUGGUCAUUAAGUUAAAACAAUUCGCAUUAAACCAAUCCAAUAGUGACCAGUUGGUAAACAAUCUCCAUACCACAUGCCAAAGCAGCAUAACACAGGAGAAGCGAAUCAGAUAAAUAUUAUUUAUGUUUUUUUCUGAGGCUUCUCAGCUUCCCAGGAGAAAAAAUCCUGGCGAAGGCAUUUUUCAAAAAAUAUGACAGUGACAUACACUCAGGAUUAUUUCAAGUAAGUUACUAACCAACUAACAAAACCCAACAAACAAACAAGGAAAUAAACCCACAAAAAAAAAAUUACAUGAGAAGGCAGUUUCAAAACUGGAUCUUGUUUUCCUGCCUCCUGCAAAACCAUCUUGGUGGAUUUGAAUCUGAUGACAUGCUUUGAUCCUACCGUCCCACACUCCAUGCUGAUAAAAACGUGGAGUUUAAAGUGCCAGUGCUGCAGUCAGCAGUUCCCAGACAGUAUCCCAUCAUACAGAGAGCUGGACUUCUGUAGACUUCUUUCUGUCACUCUCCUGAAAUGGGUCUAGACAGCUGUGCUCUCCCUGUGCAUUACUCAUCCUCCCACACAGGUAAUGCACUUCUCUACAUUAAUUCUGAACAAAUUCCUGUUCACUGCUAGUUGUGGGAUAGCUGCAUCUCCUCAUCCUUGAAGUCUUGCACAUACCUUCAGGAGUGUACAUGCUGUUCCCAGAUGUUUUCCCAGUGUCUUGAUAGGUAUGUCCCCUGAAGGGCUAGGAUAUAUUGAACAUUUUUCUUCCUCUUCAGAAAGCCUACACUCAAUCUCACAGUCUAAAUUUGCUUUUUUUCCUUUAGGUCUCUACACUUCUUGAGGAUGUCAAAGCACAGAGCAUAAAACUGCCACUGUUUGUCACCUGUGUGUUUGGUAUUAUAAACAAUGUAUAAAAGUAUUUUUAAGUUUCAGUACAACAAUGCUGUAUCACUGUUUUCUGUAUAUUGGCUCAAUU